AUGCCGGAAUAUGAAGAAGAUCUCACUCCGGCGCAAGAGCUUCUCAUCCACCGUAAUGCUCAAGCGGCAAGCGUGAUUCUCAACUCCUUGAGCUCGGAGGAAUUCAACAAGGUUGAUCAACUUGAUGAAGCCAAGAAGAUUUGGGACACGCUCCGCAUUGCUCAUGAAGGAUCAAGAGGGGUUCGAGAAUCCAAGAUUGAACUUCUUAAAGGGAAGCUAGGGAGGUUCGUGAUGGAAGAUGAGGAAACACCUCAAGAGAUGUAUGACCGGAUGAUGGUCAUAGUGAACAAGAUCCGUGCCCUUGGGAGUGAAGACAUGACGGAUCAUGUGGUGGUGAAGCGCUUGCUCCGAGCAAUUUCACCAAGAAAUCCUACCUUGGUGACUUUGAUCCGUGAGUCAAGCGGUUUCAAGAGAAUGACUCCAAGUGACGUGCUCUCAAGGAUCAUCUCGCAUGAACUCUUGGAGGAAAAAGCCAAGGAAGUUAAGAAAUACGCCACCAAUGCCACCCAAGCCAAGAACAAGGAGAUUAAAUUCCUCCACAAUAAGAGCUAUGGGAGAAAGGAUGAGUACCGGUACAAGAGGCAAUCUAAGAAAACAUGCUAUGAGUAUAAGGAGUUUGGGCACUUUAUAGCGGAUUGCCCUAAGCUCGCUAAGAACAAGGAGGGCAAGGGUAAGACCAAGUAUUUCAAGAAAAGGCCCGUGAGAGCUCACAUUGGUGAAGAGUGGUUCUCAAACGACAAUGAGAGCGACAAAGAGGAGGAGCCCAAGUCAAGCGACUCCAAGAGCAAAGGCGCCGCUACCAUGGCCAUAUCGUCAUCAAGCAUGGAGCGGCUCUUCUCCAACUUGAGCGACGACGAUGGUGAUCAUACGCCAUUGUGCCUCAUGGCGCAAUGGCGCAAGGUCCUUGCCGGAAAGGAUGAAAAGUUGGUUGAUUUGUCUAAGGAGCUUACGCUAGCAAAUCAAACCAUAACCAAUCUCAAGGAUGUCAAUGAAAUUCUUGAGAAAACUAUUGUGUCCAUGAAUGUGAGGCAAAAUGGUCUUAAGAAUGAAAUUGACAAUAUUAAGCACAACCUCUCCAACUCUAAGGACAACACAAUAGUCAAUACUAUUCUUGAUUGUGAGAAAUGCAAAACUAUUGACUUAAGUGUUGUUGAGACUAACAAUGUAGUUCUCAAAGAGUUGAAGAAAGAAAAUGAGAGGUUGGAGACCUUGGUAAAGUUUGGAUGCAUUCGAACUUACCAAUCCAAGGAUGCUCUCUUCAAGACAAUAACCUCUUAUAACAACAAGGAUAAGAGGGGUCUUGGAUAUUCCUCCGACUCAAAUGCAAGCCCAAAAAGAGUAAUGAUCAAUGGUAAACCAUGUGCUGCAUUUGUGAAGGAAAGGGAGUCAACUGCUGAAGAGGACACAAAAAUCAACCCUGAUGACAGAUAG